AUGUCGAAGCCGACGGCGUUAGCGGCCUUUGCAGCCAAGCAACAACGGGUUGAAUUGGUUGAUGGUCUUAGCAAGACGGUAGAGGCAAGUUCACCAGGUAAGAGCCUCGCACAAAUCAAGGUUCCAUCGUUGAAGCCGUUAGGCGAUGGUGGAGGUGAUGGCGGUAGCAAUGGCUUGGGGCCUCCCGUGAAACCUCUGAAGGCGUUGAAUGAGCUGCGGCCUGUCGGUGAUGGUCGGGGAUCUUCUUCUCACAAGCUGGUAGGGAUCGCGGCGACAUUGGCACCAAUGAAGUCACCGGAGACCGACAAGGUCAAUAAUACUAGUACUCUCGAGCCGGUGGAGACUCCAUCACGGCGUUUAUCCAGUCUGAAGCCCCUGGCGUCGGUGAGCAGCGACAACCAGGGAGGAAAAACUGAAGCAGAGACCCCACCAAAUGCAGGCGAGGGUCAAAAGGAUCCAGAUAAACCGAAGCCCAAAGCCGUUGAUGAAGCUGCUCAACCUAAUGCGGAAACCUCUUCUAGUCCAGACGAAAGUGCAGCGACCGACACCAAAGCUCCGUCUGGAGACGCCAACAGCGACGACGAUGACUUCAAUUUUGAUGAUGCUGAUGGUGAAGAAGAAGAAGAAGACACUGCAGCUAAAGCAGAGCCAGAAGAGCAAGGAGACAGCUCGACUCCGGUGGCUGCAGCGAAGCCUGCUGCUGUUGACGUCGAGGAACUCUAUGAUUGUCCUCCCGACUUGAGCCACGAAGCCUCUCACUCACUACAAGAAAACGACAUCGAACUGUUUCACGUAGUCCUGACCGAUGAUACAGAUCGAUUGCAGCGGUUUCUGGAGGAGAUAUCCCCUCAUGAGAUGCUCGAAAUUGUUGAUGAUUCCGGUCGCAACCUCUAUCACUACGCUGCUCUGUCAAGAGAUAAACUGGUGCAGGAUCUGAUCUUCCAGCACGUGAACUCGUAUCGUGACACAGAGUUCGAGAUCGAGUUGAAAGCACUGAUGCGAAAGAAGGACCGGAUGAAUGGGUGGAUGCAAGAGAAGAAGUUAAACGGGAACGCGUGGGUGCCACCUCGAGUGAAAGAGCUGCAACGCGAGACGACAAAGCAAAAAUGCGCCGACUGGACGCAAAUAUGCGGCAGUGUGGACGAGAAUGGCCGCUCCUUCAUCCACUAUAAGCUCGCACUCUACUACGCAGUCGAAAGUGGGAACCUUCGGCAAGUCAAGUGGUACUUUCAAAUGGGUGUCAGACUGAGCCAAGCGGAUGUCGACUUGCUGUUUUCAUUCAACGUAUCUCGAGUUAUGGAGAACGUUAUCCUGCGUCAACUCGAGUCGAUUGACAUUCAAAACUACUACUUACCAACACCAAAAGGUGACAGUGAAGAAAACGACAACCACUGCGACCCCGGAGUUAGUACCUUCGUGCUGGCCAAGUUGCAGCGGAUCACAGACGAUAGUGCUGGACGUUUGCACCAGCUACCGUUGCACCGCGCUGCCAUGUUUGGGAAUGUCCGUGCUGUGGAACUUCUUCUCGAAGAAGGGGCAGAUCCAAGAGCUCGCGAUGCAAACCAGUGGACGGCAAUGCAUUCGUGGGAUGCUGACUCGCGGCUGUGGACUUACUCGCCUGGAAUUCAAGGGAAAAAGCCUAUCGACGUCGCAAAGAGCGAUAACGUCCGGCAAAUGCUAGUGAACCUGUGGACGGAAUGCUACAGUGGAAAUGUCGACCAAGUGCGACGUCUGCUACUAGCUCGUUCAAAACGCGGCUCAAAGCCGUCCGAGCGUAUCGGAUUCGUAUCAGUGAAGGACAACACAGCUCAAGCUGAAAGAACUCCACUUCAUCUAGCGAUUCUGGGGUAUAUGGACGCUCUGCAGUCUUCAGAGUAUUCGCCUGCCCCCAAUUCGUCACACGAAGAGCGUCUCAAGCAUCAGAAAUCAUCGGAAUUGAAACGAACCGCUCCAAGUCGGUUCUUGCAAGUUUCAAUCCUGCUGCUUCAAGCUGGAGCAGACUUACGUGCUGCCGACAAGUGGGGGGUUACCCCUCUCAUGCUCGCUGCUUCACUAAAGGAUGCCAUCUUCAUGGAGACUCUCCUCGAGCGGAUGUCCGACGAAGAUGAUCUCUUAGCUGUUGAUGCAGAAGGCAACACCGCCUUGCAUUACAGCUACGCAUUCUGUCAGGCUCAAGUCUCAACAAUGCUGGAAGACCAGAUGGACGAUGUGGUGAGUAAACCUCUUACUCAGGAAAUCUGA